AUGGCGGACGCAGCAAGAGGCAUGGAGUCUCUCCCGGUGGCUAACGUGCAGGCGCUUGCGGAGACUUGCAAUAACGGAGUUGCUGAGCCGGUGCCCCGGAGAUACCUCAGCAAGGAUCCUAGCGCGGAGGAGGUCGUCGCUGCGGACGAUAGCUCUCACGCAAUUCCGGUCAUCGAUUUCCGUAAGCUGCUUGAUCCGGAGUCAUCGGAGGAGGAGUGCGCCAGGCUGGGAUCCGCAUGCCACCACUGGGGUUCUUCCAGUGCAGCUCAUCAACCAUGGAGUUCGGACGAGGUGAUUGCAAAUCUGAUGAAGGACGUAGUCGGGUUCUUCAAGCAGCCGCUGGAAGCCAAGAAGGAAUGCGCACAGCAAGCUGAUAGCCUUGAAGGCUACGGCCAGGCGUUCGUCGUGUCUGAGGAUCAGAAGCUGGACUGGGCAGACAUGCUCUACCUCAUUGUUCAGCCGAGGGAGUCCAGGGACAUGCGCUUCUGGCCUACACGCCCUGCAUCCUUCAGGGAUUCCGUUGACUCGUAUUCCUCGGAAGCUUCGAAGCUAGCGUACCACCUGCUGGAGUUCAUGGCCAAGGGCGUGGGGGCCGACCCGGCGUCGCUGCGAGGCGUGUUCCAAGGGCAGGUACGGGGCAUGCGGGCGAACUACUACCCGCCGUGCCGGCAGGCGGCGGACCGGGUGCUGGGCCUGUCGCCCCACACCGACCCCAACGUCCUGACGCUGCUGCUGCAGAUGAACCACGACGUGCAGGGGCUGCAGGUCGGCAAGGACGGCAGGUGGUUCCCUGUGCAAGCGCUAGACGGCGCCUUCGUUGUCAACGUCGGUGACGCGCUCGAGGUCCUGAGCAAUGGGAAAUUCAGAAGCGUUGAGCAUAGGGCCGUGAUACACCCAACCAAAGAGCGGAUUUCAGUGGCACUGUUCCACUAUCCUAGUCAGGAUCUGAUGCUUGCUCCUCUGCCGGAGUUGGUAAAGGAAGGCGAGAAAGUGCGGUAUGGGUCCAUGAGUUUCCGGGAUUUCUUGAAGCAAGUCUACGCAGCAAAGCUUGACGGAAGGAAGCACUUGGAGGGACUAAAGUUGGACUAG